UCCGCCGCCGGCGCCGCAGGUGCGCGGAGCUCGGGGCAGCACCCUCCCCCCCCCCCCCCCCCGGCGCGGGGCCCCCCGGGAUGCGGGCGCGCCGCUAGCGGGCCGCCAUGGAGGGGCCGAGCGGCUCCAGCUUCGGGAUAGACACGAUCCUGGCGGGCGGCGGCUCCGGCAGCCCCGGCGUGAUGAACGGAGACUUUCGGCCGCACGGCGACGGCCGGCCCGCGGAUUUCCGGAGCCAGGCCACGCCGUCCCCCUGCUCCGAGAUCGACACCGUGGGGACGGCGCCGUCGUCGCCGGUGUCGGUGAGCAUGGAGCACCCCGAGCCGCGCCUGGCGGCCGCCGAGAGCCUCCCUCCGCCGCCGCACCGCCUGCACCUCGGCCCGCACCCGCCGCCGCCCGGCCUGCAGCCGUCGCCCCCGCAGCCGCCGCCGCCCCAGCUGGGCUCGGCCGGCGCCGGCCCCCGGACUGCCACCUCCUCGUUUUUAAUUAAGGACAUUUUGGGCGACGGCAAACCGCUGGCGGCGUGCGCGCCUUACAGCACCAGCGUUCCCUCGCCCCAUCACACCCCUAAGCAGGAGGGCGGCGCGGCCCCGGAGAGCUUCCGGCCGAAGCUGGAGCAGGAGGACAAGGCCAAGCUCGACAAACGCGAGGACCCGCAGGGCGACAUCAAAUGCCACGGCACAAAGGAGGAGGGCGACCGGGAGAUUUCGAGCAGCCGGGACAGCCCGCCGGUGCGGGCCAAGAAGCCGCGCAAAGCGCGCACCGCCUUCUCGGACCACCAGCUGAACCAGCUGGAGCGCAGCUUCGAGCGCCAGAAGUACCUGAGCGUGCAGGACCGCAUGGACCUGGCCGCCGCGCUCAACCUCACCGACACGCAGGUGAAGACGUGGUACCAGAACCGCAGGACCAAGUGGAAGCGGCAGACGGCGGUGGGACUGGAGCUGCUGGCCGAGGCCGGCAACUACUCGGCCCUGCAGAGGAUGUUCCCCUCGCCCUAUUUCUACCACCCCAGCCUGCUGGGCAGCAUGGACAGCACCACGGCGGCCGCGGCGGCCGCGGCCAUGUACAGCAGCAUGUACCGGACUCCCCCCGCGCCGCACCCCCAGCUCCAGCGGCCGCUGGUGCCGCGGGUGCUCAUCCACGGGCUGGGGCCCGGCGGGCAGCCGGCUCUCAACCCGCUGGGCAGCCCCAUGCCGGGCACCCCGCACCCGCGGUGAGACGGCGCCGCGCUCCCCACCAGCCCUUCCCCUCCCCGUCCCCGACCGAGCCCCAGCACCGAGGAGAAGGCAGCGAGGGGAAGCCCGGGGGCUCCGGGCAGCCGCCGGCGGAGCGGCGAGCGCUCAGAGCGAGGACUCUCGAACCGCGCGGCCGCGGAGCGCAGCCCGUAAGUGGAACGAGCGCACGCGGGGGGCAGAGCCCCCGCCGCCGGGACUCGGAGCGCGGGCAGCGGGCGGGGGGCGGAGGGAGCGGCCGUAGCCGCGCGGAGGGCCGAGGGCCGCCCCCGCCCGUCGGAGAGAGCGCCGGCGAACGGAGAUCUUUGCACUGAUUUUUCUCAUGACCUUUUUUUUUUUUUUCUUUUUUUUCUUUUUUUUUUUUUUUUUUUCUUCUCGGAAAGCGGCAUGCUCCCCAGUGCGGACAGUUGUACAGACCGAGUGCUGAGUGCUAUAUCAUAUUUAUUAUAUGUCGUCCAAAAAAAAAAAAAAAAAAAAAAAAAAAGGAAAGAAAAAUUCACUUCUCUACGUUAGUUUAAAACGAACGAACGUGGUUCUCCCCGUCCCUUUUCAUGUCUUUUUGGAUUCAGUAAAAUAAAUGCUUAGAUGACGAAAUAUAGAUUUUUUGGUGACUGAAAAAUUACAGGGAAAAAAAAAAGGAAAAAAAAAAAAGAAAUAAACUUUAUCUUUUUUUAACAAA